UAUAGAAAUUAUUGGUGGUCAGACACCUUUGUGUGUGGUCUGGCCUUCAGCAGGAGUGACUGCCAUUCAUGUGAAAGAGACAGUUGGAGGAAGCACCCAGUUCAUUUGGAGAGUUCAAACUCUCCCUAGAGUCGUCCUCUGACGAGCCAAUGUUUUCACAUCUUUCCUUGGAUGGUGUCCUGCUGCUGCUGCUGCUGCUACUUCCAAGGUCUUCAGAAGGGGAAUACGUAGUCCAGGUGGGUCAGGAUGCCUCUCUGCCCUGCAGAUACGUUCCCUCCACUUCAGGGAAUCUUGUGCCUGUGUGCUGGGGCAGGGGAUCCUGUCCUGUGUUUGGAUGUGAUGCUUUGGUCCUCCGCACUGAAGAAACGAAUGUGAAAGAUCAGAAAUCCAGCAGAUACCAGCUAAAGGGGGAUUUCUACAAAGGAGAUGUGUCCCUGACCAUAGCGAAUGUGACUCUAGCUGACAGUGGGAUCUACUGCUGUCGGAUACAGUUUGCAGGACUCAUGAAUGAUUACAAAUUAAAUGUGGAGUUGACCAUCAAACCAGCCAAGGUCACCCCAGCUCCAGCUGCACAGAGUGAUGUUACUACAGUCCUUCCAAGGAUGCUUACCACAGAGGGACAUGAUUCAGCAGAGACACAGACGUUGGGGACCUUCCAUGAUAAAAAUCAAACACAAUUAUCCACACUGGCUAAUGAAUUCCAAGGCUUUGAAGCAACCACCAGAAGAGGUGUCUACAUUGGAGUAGGAAUCUCUGCUGGAUUGGCUCUUAUGCUUAUCUUUGGUUCUUUAAUUCUCACAUGGUAUUCUCAUAGGAAAAAGAAGUUACAGAAUUCAAGUCUCAUCACACUGGCCAACCCCCCUCCCUCAGGGUUAGCCAACAUAGCAGCAGAGAGGAUGUGCUCGGAGGAGAAUAUCUACAUCAUUGAGGAGAACGUAUAUGAGAUGGAGGAUCCAAAUGAGGACUACUGCUAUGUCAGCAGCGUACAGCAAUCCUGACCACCUCUGGGUUGCCACCUUUUUAUGCCUUCAUUUUCGACCUUGGUAUUAUUGUCUUUCUCAAAACUGUAAGAAACGUCAGCUGACCAGUUUUACAGGUGAUGUCCACGGGCACAAAGAAGAGUAUUGCUGUUUUCUGGAGAUAAGUAGCUCAUGUGGGGGGUUCAGCCGUGACCUUCACUAAACUUAGGUACAUCAUUGCCUUUGUAUUCCAGCAAACAGGACUACCCAAUCCAGAGACUGCCAAUCAUGCGCAUUAGACUUCAAAUGUUCUUUUAUACAUAUUAGAAAUUCUUGAUAUGAGAUCUCUGGAGCUCCAAGAAAUUCAGGCUCAUGAUGUGACCAGAAGUUCCUAAAAAUGUAGAGAAUACUGUGUGCAGAGACACAUGCUUUUCUUCUUUGGUACAGAAAGUCAAAAGGGGCACUGAUUUUCAUGGAGAUCUGUAAUCCUUAAAAGGUUAGGAUAAACUGGAUGUGGUGACUCAUGCCUAUAAUCCCAAUAACUCCCGAGACCCAGGCAAGGGGACUUCAAGUAGGAGACUAGCUUUAGGGACCCUAAGCGACUUAACGAGACACUGUCUCCAAAUGAAAAAUAAAAAGAGCUGGGGUUGUGGCUCAGUGGUUAAGCGCCCCUGGGUUGAAUUCCUGGGACCAAAAUAAAUAAGUAAAGAAAGAAAGAAAAUAAAGACAAAGAAAAAAGGGUUAUGAUAAGAAAGGAAUGGUCUUGAGGGUUUGAAAAGGAAUGAUCUUGAAGGUUUGAUGGUUCCCUCUGAAUCUCAGUUUAUGCUUCUUUGAAAGUCACCUGUCCAGCGAUAAGUGCUCACCUCUGCCUCAGUUAAGAAGACGACUCAGCAGGCCUGUGGUGUGGCAGGAACCUGGGGAAAAGAAGCACUGUGUGUGUGUGUGUGUGUGUGUGUGUGUGUGUGUGGCCAAAUCUGCUUGUUGUGCAUUCAAAGGGAAAUAUUUCUGACCAACUUCUCCAUUCAUGGGGAGAGCUAGAGCUGUAUUUUUCACAGAAGAAGAACCAGUGACUGGGACACAAAUUCUGUUUCCUGGAGGAAAGGAGGCAAAGUCUUCCAGCAGUCUGUAUGGUCAGUAUCAGAACCCUUGAUGGAAAGACAGUGGUCCCUAAACUUAAAUUCCAAGAUGGUGCAGACUACCCUUGUCUUAUUUAUUGUUGCCUCCUCAGGGCCUGGCCUGGCUCUGAAACUUACUACAUAACUUCAGAAUGCAGAAAGGGGAGCUUUCUGUGGAGACGUUCCAUUGCAGAGCUCAGACAGAGCAUGAGUCUGUAAGUUCACUUCUUGGAGAAUUCUCAAAUACUCCAAAGCUCCCAUAUCCCCUCUUAUCCUUGCCCAAAUGAACUUUGUUUCUCAAUAUCAUCUUUCUGUCCAGGAUCUCAUUACUCUUCAUCUGUUGUUCUCUUUCUGCGGACCCCUCCUUAGCAUAUCUAGAAUGUGGCCCAUGUCUGACAUCCCUGACUCUGGAGGCUGAGGCAAGAGGAUCACAAGUUCAAAGCCAGCCUGGGCAACUUAGUGAGAUCCUGUGCUAAAAAAUAAAAAAGGACUGGGGGUGUAGCUCAGUGAUAGAGCAUCCCUGGGUUCAAUUUCCAGUACUGGGAGUGUGGAUGAAGUGAAGCAACAAUAUGGACCUGUUACUGACAGAAAAUCCCUCUCCCACAGCUAGCUGAUGAGGAAAGUGCUACUGUAUAUACUGUGUAUAUAGAGGAUGCUGGUCAUGGGCCACGCAGCAGCCUGUUUGUCUCUACGAGUCUUUCUGGCAGUCUGAUUGUGUGAAUUAUAUGGUAUUUGAACUAUAUAGCUUUCUAAAGCAGAUAGGUAAGAGAGAUCAUUUUGUACAAUUAAUUAUAGGCAGCAGUUCUCUUACAGGCUGACAAAUUAAACACAAGUGUUUUAAAAUCAUGAACUUUUAGUGGGAAAGAAUAUCACAACACAUUUGAACCGGAUCGAUGGUUUCUCCCCAAUGAUAUUCUUAUUCUACAAAAAUCUUUAAACAAGGGCAUAUGUACAAAUAUGAUUACUGCAAGGGUAUUCAUAAGAGCUUUUUUACAUCAAUAGAAAAAAUACUUGAUUGCACAGUGUAGUUAAAAAGAACUAGGAAGUUUCAUUGAGUUUUUUGUUGAUUCAACAAAUACUUAGUAAGUGGUUACUAUGUGCUAGGUGCUGUGUUUGGUGCUGGGACCAUGGACAGGGACCAAAUAGGCAUAUUCCUGGCCACAUGGAUGUCAUUUACUCUGACAGGAAGGAGGAUUAGUGUCCAUUCAUUCAGUGAAUGUUUAUUAGCGCCACUUUUGGGCAGGCACAGUUCUGACCUCCAGAACAGCAGUGACUGAAGGGGCCAAAACUCCUGCUCUCCUGGCGCUUAUGCUUCUUGUCAGAGGACAAUGCUCUACGGUUAAGCAAAAGGAAAAGAGUUCUAGAGUAAGUGUACUUAAUUGGUUGUUUUUUAUUUGUUUGUUUGGGCCUUAAAAUUAUGAUAGACUGAGUGUAGUGGCACCUGCCUGUGAUUCCAGGGACCUGAGUCAGGGGAAUUAUGAAUUCAAGAUUGCCACUUUAGCAAGACCCUGUCUCAAAAUUUUAAAAAGGGCCAAGAAUGUAAACCAGUGGUAGAGCACUUGCCUAGCACAUGUAAGGGCCUGUGUUCCAUCCCUAUUAUGGCAAAAAAAAAAAAAGAAUAUACCAAGUAUAUCAAAAUUAAUAUGAUUAUAUCAUUGGGACAAAUGGUUGGGAAAGACUGACUUUUUCCUUUUUUUCUUUUCUGUUGUAGUUCAUUUUCUCCAUUUUCUUUGGUAAUAAAAAAUUAAAUUUAAAGAUCGGAGCAGUGUUUUCCUGUCUGCUCUCCUUUUCAUAGGAAAAAAUUAAGACCCGGAUGGGUUAAGAUCAAGGUUGGCAGUAGAAUGUGACAGUAAGCCAGGU